GAAGAGUCUCGGGUCCUGGAGAACCGGAGCAGAACCUUCUGGACCCGUUUACCCCUGAACCGGGUCCGGGUCCGGGUCCAGGUCCAGGUCCAGGUCCAGGUCCAGGUCCAGGAUUAUCAGCUCACCUGGACAAAACCUAAUUGACUUUAGUUUUUCUGCCUGCCCGUGAACGCCUCACGCCCCCUCUCUCGGGGACGAGCCUCGGGAGCGCGCUCGUCACUCCGAGCGUCGGUCGGCCCAGAGCUCCAGAGCGCACCUCGGACCUCCAGAGCGCACAGCGGACCUCAGCGCCAGGCGCAGCCGCUCAGGACGCGUCUUUCCCGGGUUGCGCUGACAGAGAGAGCCGCUGACCGCCGCCAUGGAGCCCCGCUGUGACCCCCGUCCCGCCCCCGUCGCCCCGGUUCCGGUUCCAUCUCCAUCAUGCCGAUCCUCAAGAACCUGCCGGUGCGCCUGAAGGGCGGCGGUCCGACGCUCGACAACGCCUUCUUCAUCCGCAGGAUGAGCCUCAACAUCACGCCGCGCCACAGCCCCUUCGAGGAGGAGGAGGACGACGACGGUAACCAUGGCAACCACUGGUCGCCCGGCGGCGGCGGCUCCUCGCUGCUGGACGGCGACACGCCGCGGGACCGCAACCCCUUCGAGGACGAAGAGGACGAGAAUGAGGCCAACGAGGGCCGGAAGGGGACGAUGAUGGGAGGAGGAGGAGGAGGUUCGGUCAGGGCCUCUUUCAAGUUCAAGUCCCCGCUCAAGAGCCUCAGCAAGCUGGGGAAGAACCUGAGGCUGUCGGGGCGCAGCAAGGACAGCGGGAGCCCGUCCCCGCAGGGCUCGCUGGUGGGGACGCCGUCUCCUUCAACCAAGAAGAAGAGAGGGAGACGGAGCUCCGAGGGGAGUCUGCUCAGGUUCGCAGGGAAAUACCGCGACACCCUCGGCUCCCGCAAGGAUUCGUUGGCCAACGGCGAGCUGAGCUGCGCGGACAGCGAGUGCGACACCGUCAGCCGCCGCCUGUCCUUCAUGAAGAUGAUGAGUCUGGGGAGAGGGAAGAGGGAGUCGGUGACCGACCGGUCGUCGCAGAGCCCCGAGGACCAGCCGGUGGAGGAGGAGGUGGAGGUGGUGAAGCCCCGAGAACCGCUGUCAGUGCUGGAGAUCCUGCAGCUGGUGAAGGGGCGGGACUUGCUGCUGGCCGACGCCCACAUCCUGGAGCUGGAGCAGGAGUGCAGCCAAUCAGGCGAGCCGGAGGACGCGGCCGCGGCCACGGGCCCCGGGGCCAAAGACGGGGCCCGACGGAAGGCCAAGGACCUGGAGCUGCUGUACGAGGAGCUGCAGAAGGAGCUGUGGGCCGUCGUCCGGGAGUCGCUGGGGGCCCCGACCGCGGGGCCCAACCUGGGGCUGGUGGUGCAGGUUCUGCAGCAGGAGGAGCAGGCCGACCAGGACUGGGCCCUGAGCCCGAGGGGGGCCCAGGGGGCCCCUGGGGCCUCUGGGACCCCGGGGACCCCGGGGGCCCCUGGGGGCCCCCCCCGGCCCCGCCGCCUCAGGCAGAAGUGGCGCGAGGCCGUGGAGGAGGCGGCCGACGGCUCGUUGCCCCGGCGGGCCGAGUUCACGGCCGGCCAGCUGGACCGGUACCUGGACCGGCUCCGGGCCCGCGUGGUGGAGGACCUGGGGGCCGCCAACCGCAACGUGGUGCCCAUCUACCCGGAGGAGUACCACGCCUUCCAGGUGUACGUGGAGAGCUACCACCAGGCCGUGGCCCGUCAGCUGAAGGCCAUCACGGACGGCCAGCUGGAGACGGCCGACACCUACUUCCUGUUGGACUGGCUGUACAACGUUUACCACAGGGACGUCCUGGGGACUGUUUGCAUCACAACGCCGUUCAGCCAAUCACAGCUCAGUCCCCUGUUGCCGUCGGAGACGGUGGACCGACUGGAGCUGGACUGUCUCAACUCUGUCCGGGCCAAAGUGACGACGGAGCUGAGCCAAGUCCUGGACGAGGAGGAGAAGAGGUGGAUGGAGACGCUGCACGUGGAGGAGACCCAGAUACACCUGUCCAAGACCGUCAUACAGCGGCUGCAGGUGGACCUGGAACGCUCGGCCUCCGUCAGCAGAAGCCUGGGCUCCAGGGUGGCUCAGUGCAGCCUCAACGGCCUGGCCGACUUCCUGUUCAGCUUCCAGCGUAAGGUGGAGAUGUUCCACGAGGGGAUGCAGAGCGGCAUGUUUGGAGACAACGAGGACGGAUACGUGUCCAAAACCAUCGCCCUGGUCAACUGCUGCCCCCCCUUCAGGGGCUUCGUCCAGCGCUGUGCUCAGUGUGAUCCGUCCGUCAGCGAGGAUUCUCUCCGCCGAUCCAAUAAAUGUCUGGAUAACAUCGUCCAGCAGGGAGUGAGAGUUCUGUCGGAACGAGUCUACGUGCACAUCAGGCUUUUCUUCGAGCGCCUGGUGAAGAGGAAGUGGCUGAGCAACACGGAGCCGUACGAGCAGAUCGAAGCGCUCGUCAAAGAGGACUUCAAGAAGUACCGGCGCAUGGACAGUCCUCCGUACCAGGUCCUGGUGUCCGAGGUCCACCGGCGCGUCGUCAUGGAGUACCUGCGGUCCGUCAUGAGGGGCCGGAUCAUCUGCACCUCCAUGAAGAUGAGGAGGAGGAUGGCCGGCCGGCUCCGCGAGGAGGGAAAACAGAUCAAAGUUCUGUUCAAAGACCUGGACUCUCCGUCCGGCUGGCUGGACGGCGCUCUGUCCCACAUCUCCGAGAUCAUCCAGCUGGAGGACGUCCCCUCCAUCCAGAUGGAGGUCGGGGUUCUGGUCCGGGAGUUCCCCGACGUCAGGAAGAAGCACGUGUCGGCCAUCUUGAACAUCCGGGGCAUGACGCGGCAGGCGGAGCGGCAGGAGAUCCUGAACGUGGUGAAGGACAUCGAGAACAGCGAGGACGCCGCCGCGGCCGCCGCGCCGUCCCGGGACCGGGGCCUGUUCUCCGAGGUCCCCGUCACCUCCGAGGUCCACUGCCUGAACCUGGGCCUGAGCCGCAUCGCGCUGACCGCCUCGUCCUGCCUCUCCACGCUGAGGCCGCGCCGCCGCAAGACCCGCACGCCGUCCCGGGAAAACCCCGACGACGGCCUGUGAGGGCCCGCCGUCCCGGGACCCGGGACCCGGACCUGGACCCGUUCCCAGAACUUAAUCAAUGUUGUCGGUCAUUUCUGCUGCUGGGAGCCAGUUCUGCAGCCAGUAGCGGCGCUUUUCCACUAGUACCUAUGUUCCGUUUUAUUGGACUCUCCCCACGGAACGGGCUUUCAAUCAGCAUAAAAAAUUACUCAGGGUUCUCUCUUUUUCUUCAUUUAUUUUCCUUUAAGAUAAUUUUGCUAAAGUUCCCUGGUAAUAGCCUAAAAUGAUGACAAAAUAAUUGACAAUUAUGACCAUAAAGGUAGUGCUGGGCGGCAUACCGGUUCAUAUCGGUUCAUACCGAAUACCGGUGUGUAUUUUUCUUAUGAUAUGAAUGUUUCAUAUACCAUAAUACCGGUGAGUAUGUACAGUAGCUACACAACGUUGGGAACGCCGCGCGGCGUUACGUUCCGUGAGGGGACUGUUUAGCAGUAGUGAUGCAACGAUUGUUCGGUAACCGAAAUUGUUCGGCCGAAAAUGGCAAAAAAACACUUUCGGUGUUCGGUGGAAUAAGUGGGAAAGAAAACGAACAAUUAAUAACGGUGUUGUAAAAUAAGGAAAUAGACUGGCCGCUCCGUAACGGUUGCACCACAAACAUAAAUCGUUGGCCAACCAAAAAGUAACCACAUAAGAAUUUUACCAACAUUCACCAGGAGGUGGAACCAAAACAACAGAAUGCUGGAAAUUAAAACAUGUUCAGUUUUUUAUGUUCAAUAAAUAUUUUCUACCUUGUAAUUUUGUAAAAGAUUUUUUUCUUUGAAAAGCCUAAAUCAAAUGUAUUUGAUUUGAUUUGACAGUAAAAUAGGCCAUUCUAAGCCAAUUUACUGCAGCAAUUCCUUUCCAAAUCAUUAGAAAAUAUGGUUAACACCCAGUUGUGCAUGAAAAAAAAAUACCGUGAUAAACCGUGAAACCGAUAUAAUUUUGAAAAAUACCGUGAUAUAAACUUUUGGUCGUACCGCCCAGCACUACAUAAAGCCAUUCUAAUGUGUGUCAUGUAACCCAAAUGAAUAAUAAAUAUACAUUAUGAAGCCUUUUAUGCCAAUUACCAUAGCAAUAAUGUUACACUUCAACCCAUGAUAACUUUCAUAAAGCAUCAAUUCAUCACCUUAAAUUAUCAUAAAUAAUUAGUUCAUCAAUCCAUAAUAAAUGUUGUCUAUUAUCAAACCAAAUACUUUGAAAUUCAAAAUAUCAUAUGUAUAUCUAACUAUCUAAAGAAUAACAGAUACAAAUAACAGCAAUAAGGUACAAAGUAACAUCAAAUGUAUUCUAAGUAAUAUAAUGAAAAAGUAAAUGCCGUUUACAGCAAAGAAAACUACAAGUCCCAGCAUGCAUCACACGCUGGAAACCAGGAAGUGCAUACGGCUCGAUUUUACCUGGGAACUUUUGCAAAAUUAUCUUAAAGGAAAAUAAAUGAUGAAAAAGAGAGAACCUUGAGCCCCGUUCUGUGGGGAGAGUCCAAUAAAACGGAACGACUUACUCAGCGCGACUCGGCCCGACUCGCCCCGGUUUGGUUCUUUUCCACUAGGGGUCGGACGUGCCGAGUAGAUACUUUUUUCCCGGGGCCCGUCCGGGACCUGGGACCCUCUUCACGUCUGCUGGCCCUGGAGAUGUUGGAACUGGACUGAACUCUGCACUGGACUUUUGGACCGGCCACCUGACGAUGGAGACUUUGGUUCCUCCUCCAAAGCGCCGCUGAUGUCGAGGCCGGAGGGCGUUGGGUUUAGAGUUCCCAGCAGAGGUUUCCAUGGUGACGGAGCCAUGGCGACGGUUUCUUUUUCUCCCUUUUGUUUGUCCGCCGAGAUCGAAACACUGACGUUAGAGAGGAAAGAUGCAGGUCUGGACCUGGACCCUAGUGGUCUGUAGGGGGUCUGCAGGACCAGCAGGACCAGCAGGACCAGCAGGAGCAGCAGGACUACAGGACCUCCCUUCCUCCUGAUCGGAGCAUCAUGGGACUGAACGGCACUUUAAAGAGACUCGUUAAACGGGAGCAGGUCUGACGAUGAUCAGGGGGUCUGGAUCUGGACCAGGACCAGGUUCUGGGACCAGCAGGUUCUGGAUCUGGACCAGGUCUUAGUGGUUUUAGGGGGACCAGAUCCUGGACCAGGUCCUGGGGUUUUAGGGGGACCAGAUCCUGGACCAGGUCCUGGGGUUUUAGGGGACCAGGAGACGAAGGUACUAAAGCAGAUAUUUAAACGAUGAUUAGCUGAUGAGGUUUCUGACAUUUAGAGGAUAUUUAUGAGAAGUUUUAACAUUUGAAUGAUUUAUAAUCUUAUCGUCAGAAUCUAAGUUCUCGGACUAAAUCAAAAGGUUCCCGUGUUUCUCCAGAAAUCAGUUUGAUGAUCGUGUUUUUCUUUGAUCGAAUUUCAUUUCUGUCUUCAGCCGAAACGAAAAGUCUAAACUUUUAUUUCAUCUAAAUACAAAUGUUUGGAUCAUUUCUGACUAAAUCAACAAUAAAACGGAUCAAUACGA